AUGCAAUUAUCACAAAAAUUAACCGAAUUAGAAAAAAAAUUUCCGGCGAGAAUUAGAUUAAAAUACCAAAACAAAGGUAAAUUAUGUUUUCAUAAAAAUAUUGCUUGGAAUGGGUGUUUUAAUAAGCAAGGGAAGAACGAUGAACCUUAUUGCUUAGAUUGCGGUGAAGAUGGGGAGUUUGGAGUGAUAGAUGAAUUUGAAUUAGUAAAUUUCCGAGAAAUGAGUAAUUACAUUGAAGAAUACUGCUUAGAAUUUGCCGGAGAACAAAAGAGUAAUAUUCCUAAUAAGGAUGACAUAGAGAGAGAGAAAUUGAAAAGAACUAUCAAAAAAUUAGAGCGAAAACCAAAUAAAUCUCCGGAAGAAGAAACCGAAUUGAAAAAUUUGAAAGGCAAAUUAAAGGAUUUAGAAAAAAACAAUAAUUCCUCUCCUUUUAAUUAUACUCCAUGA